CACUCACUUCCCCUUGGCUUCCCCCGGGCGGCUUCCGAUGCCCAGCCCCUGGCGAGGGUGGGGGAGACUCGAAGCGGUUGCUAAGAGACAGUGUACGGCGAAUGUGGCCUUUGCGCAUGCGGGAGGAGGGCCCAGCUUGUACUUUUCGUGAACUACGGUUGCCGGGAGGGGGCAGGUGUUCCCUGGAAUGGCGGUUUGAAGGCAGAGUUCGAUGAGCCCUGUCCCUGGCAGGGAAGUAGGAGCGCCCGCUGAGCUCGGCGGUGGAGGAGGCGUGUGUGUUGCCAAUUUGAGAGGUUGGUCCAGGGGUUUAAAGCCAGGGAGGCGGCAGUCCCCAAGAAGCAAGGAGAGGAGAGCCUUGUCUCACCGCCCCUCCUCAGCGCUUUUCAGACGCGAUUACCAAGUCUUUGGCUCGUUUUUCGAUCGCUGAGGCCCCCUUAGCUUCCAGACCUGUAACAAGGAGAGAGGCAAACACAGAAUGAUCAGCGUCGUCGACGGACCUCUGGCAUUUCUCCAGUGGAGCUGGCUUCAAAGCCUGUUAGCAUUCUGAACACUCUUCCCCCAACACUUGGCUUAGCGUCUGAGAGGUUUUACUGAAGAAACAUUUAAGAGAUUGAUCACAUUUUGACAUAUUUACAAUUUGGAAUUGUCAACCUUUUUGUACAACAUAUUUUAGCAGUAAACAUGAAAGCUUUCUUUGAAGUUUUAGAACAAUUAUACAAGAAGGUCCUUCUUGGAUCCGCGCUUGAACAUGACAGCUAUGAUUACAUCUCUUAUCUCAACCCAGCAUUUUUGGAUCAAGAUUGUUCUACAAGCACCUGCUCAGAAUGCUCAAACCUCCACGGAGUCCAAGACAAGCAUCAGCCAUCCUCUGUCAAUCUGGCUACCGUUUCUGUAGCCCCUGUGUGUCUGAAGAGACACUGUCAGAUAAGCAGCGCCAGAGAAAUAAUGCUCCUCCAGCUCACAGUGAUCAGAGUGAUGAUAACCCGGAUACUGUCUGUCGAAACUGAGCUCCGUGCAAAGGACAAGUACAGAGAUAUAAUCACAAUUCUUUUAAAAUCGUCUAACAUCGAUUCUAAAUUAACCUGUAUGUUCCAAAACUCGGAUAAAUUGUUAUCUCACCUGGCUGCCAAGUGCCUUGCACUACUUCUGUAUUUCCAAUUGAGAGAAAAGAUAACAUUAAGUAAUUCCUGGAUUGCUUUUUGCCAAAAAAAUCUUUCUGAAUACUCUAAAAGUGAUGAAGUAGUAUACUGCCUCUGGACUCUGACUUUUGUAAUAAAAGAAAUCUUCAAAGAUACAUGUUCACAAAAAGCAGAAAUUCUAAAGCAGUUCCUGACUCCUUUUGACACUAUUUUUGAAGGCUUUUACAAUUCCUUAUUUUCGGAGUAUUUCAAAAACUGCCAAAAUACUUCUAAAGUAACAAACAGCUUGAUAUGUUUCCUGGAAUUGCUUGAACUUCUUGUAGCUUCCAGAAUCCACCUGAAGUUACAUUUCACUUGCCAGAGGAUUUUAUUUUUGAAACCUUCUUGUGUGCUAGAUGUUAUUACAUGGCCUGUUCAGACUUUUGUCAAAAGGAAGUUAAUCAUAUUCAUCAAAAAAUGCCUUCUCUGCAAAGUGGGUGAAGACCUGUGCCCAGGGUCUGUCCCUGCACCAGCGCCACCCGAUGGCCACUUAGAUUCGGAUGCUGUGGCCCUGGCUGAUGCUGUGCUACAGGCUGUGGGUUCCGGCUUACUGAGGACCUUGUCUGUCCAUGCAAACCCUUCCUGCUUUGCAGGUGGUGAGGUUAGCCCUGGGUGGGCACAUGUCCCCCGUCCAGAUCACGUGAUCCUUAGAGCAGCCAGCUUGCUUAUCAUUAAAUCCUUGGAAAUCAAGUUUCAAAACUGUGCUUCAGCAAACGAAAUGAAAGUUGAUUUACAGAGGUUCCUAUCUGAGUUACUGACCUUCUUAAAGCCUCAUCUUCAGCCCUCUCUGCAGUCACACAAUCCAUGUGAGUGGCUGUCUAGCAUCUUCAUAGAACAAGACGAUGACAUGGUGGAGGCUGCCAGAGCAUCAUUGGGCAUCUAUUUACAGUUGAUCAGAGAAUGUGAAACUACUGAAGGUUUGACCCAAGAAAAAGAAAUGUGGAACCAUCACACACAUGAAAAUGGCUAUAAUCCACACUGUAUUUUCUUAUUCUUGUUGAAAAAUAUUGGGUUUGAUUCUUCAGUUCUUCUUGACUUUUUGAUUUCAUCAGAAACCUGUUUUCUUGAAUAUUUUGUUAGAUAUUUAAAAUUAUUGCAAAAAGACUGGAAUAACUUUUUCACGAUUUGCAAGUACUUUGAUGUAACUGAGUCUAAAGAUAGCAUAAAUAUUUGUGGUUGUAUCUCUUCACCCAACCAGGACAGAAGAAUGAGCCAAAGAGAGCUUAGUCCUUUGGCUGCUCUUGGUGGUCACCGAAGUUCUCAUGUCUGGCAUUCCCAUGCUUCUUCUGAAUCCCUGAACCAGGUCAUGAUGUCCAAGGAAACCCACAGCAUACUCCAGGCGAAUAGUCCAUCUGCCCCCCAAGCUUCUCAGAGUCUGGUAGAUUAUGACAGCUCUGAUGAUUCUGAAGUAGAAUGCACAGACCAGCAUUUAGCAAACAGUAAACAGACAUCUUUACACCAAGAAGCAAAGAAGAAAUUUCAGGACACAGUUGUAGUAAGUAAGGAUAAAAAAGAACUUAGCUUGGAGUCUCAAUCAAGGUCUCUGGUUCCAAAAGAAUCUAAUACUCCCCUCUCUGUUGAUUGUGACAUAGCCCCAAAUAACAGGGUCUAUGAAAUGGGAAUAUCUUAUAGAACAAUCAAAUGCUUAGAAGAGCUACAAGGUGCCAUUUACCGUUUGCAGAAGAAAAAUCUUUUCCCCUAUAAUCCAACAGCGCUUUUGAAGUUGUUAAAACAUAUUGAGGCAAUCUAUAAUGAAAAUGUGAACCCUUGGUUAAAUAGUGGCAUUUUAUUUCCAGGAACUCUUUUUCCCUGAUAGAAAUUGUGUCUUAAUGAGAUAAUAGUAAAAAAAAGGUCCUCAAAAGGGUUUUCCAAAUCAAGGCUUUUUGCCUUUUGGAAGCAGCAUAGUGAUUGAAAAAGAUAUAUAUAUCAAAUGACAAGUCACCUGAGAGAGCUGCACACAACAUGAAAUUUAUGGAAGUUCAAACUUACACAAAUCUUGGAUGGGUUAUUGCAUUGGUUUGCUAGCGCCCCUAUAACAAAUUACCCCAAACUUGGUGGCUUAAAACAACAGAAAAUUAAUUUUUUCAUAGUUCUGGAGGCGAGAAAUCCAAAAGCAUGGUGUCAACAGAGCUAUGCACUCAAGGCUCUUGUAUUUCUCUCAAGAAUCCUUUCCCACCUCCUCCUUCCUAGCUCCUGGUGUUUGCUGGCAGAGCUUGGUGUUCCUUGACUCAGAGCUGCAUCACUCCAAUCUUUCCUCCACUGUUUCAUGACAUUCUCCCACGUGUGUGUCCAUAUCCAGUUUCCCCCUUCUGAGGACACCAGUCACUGGGCUAGAGUCUGCCGUCAUCCAGUGUGACUUGAUCUUAACUUGUUUACAUCGGCAAGGACCCUAUGUCCAAAUGAGGUCGCAUUCAUAGGUUCUAAGGACGCGAAUUCUUGGGGGAACACUGUUGUUUAACCCAAUGCAGUUACUCUUCCCCCCUGAGGUAUCUAUGUGAAAUGUGAUAAUGUAAAAAACUUAAAAUCAUAGUUUUAUUUUUCAAGAGAGGUCAUUAGCUCUAUGCGUAUGUAUGUAUACAGUCUGUUCAAUGACCAUAAGUCUAUUCUUUAAAGAAGAAUAUGAUUUUAAUCACUAGGUAAUAUCCCUAUUUAAAAUUGUGAUAUGAAUAAUUAUAUUCUGUCUUCUUGAGGAGAGGCAGUAAAUUCAAGUUUUCAUGUGCAUAUUGGAUUUGUGCAGUAAGAGCAGCAACUAUUGUGCUGGUGAGUCUGUUAUUAACGCAAUCUGAAGUGUUGUCCAUAAUAUAUUUUUUAAGUGGAGGACUGAACCUACCAGAUGUUAAAAUAUAUAUUAAUGCUAUGAUAAUCAAAAGAGAUUAGUAUUCAUUGAAAUAGAAAUGGCAAGACCCCUGGAAACUUUUAAUAGAGGAUUGCUAAUUAAAAUAACAAAGACACUAACCAAAUAGAAAUGCAGGGUUCAAAAAGUUUGGUAACAGAACCUGGGGUAUCCAUUGGGGCAGCUUCUACAUCAUUUAAAAGGCACAACAAAGAAUAUAUAUUCAAGCAUGUCUAAUGCAUGUUGUUUGUAAAAGCAAAAGAAGUAUGUGGUGGAAAAAGUGUGUAUACUUAGCGGAAUACUGUAUACUUGUAGGAAGAAUGAGCUGUAUUCACAUUUAGAGAUAUGAAACCAGUAAGAAACAAAAGUGAACAUAUGGGGCUACCAUUUAUUUAAGAAAGGAGGAACAAUGCAUCUAUAUAUUUCUAUAUGCUUUUGUGUAAUUAUAAAAUGUUUAUGUAAGCAUGUAUAAGAAAGUCAAUCCUGGUUGCUUUGGGAAACAGAUCUGAAGUCGAAAACUAGACUUCUCACAAUGUAUCUUUUUUUACUCUUAUUUACGUGUAUUUAACUGGGUGCCUAAAUUUUUUUAGUGCAAGUAAUUUUUUAAGACAAUCGACAGAACAAAACAAACCUGAUUCUUUAGUUUCCUAAGGGUACAGAAAUGUUGAAUGCAUUAAAAGUCAUGCUAAUACAGAUAUGUUUUUGACCCGUGUUUCUCUAGAAGAUUAAUAAGGACCCAUUAGCCCCUUGUUUUAUUUAAAAUGAGGAAAAGGCAAUCUUAUAUGUAUGCUGAGUGUUAGUAUUCCAGAGUUUGUACAUAUUUACUUGACCCUUGGGUGUAAGUCAGUUCACUCAUGAAGCCCUACCAGUGGUGAAGGUGACUGAUGUUGGCUGUAUGGUAACAGUCCUUGGCCAUUCAGAGUAUCCAAGAGCUGUUCCAAGUUAGUUCAUAAAGGAACACAAAACUAGCAGUAUUUGCAGAAUGAGUUCCC